AGACGGCGGCGCUGUGCUGUGAUGGUUUGUUGUUACCAUGGCAAUUUGAAAUUAGCCUUUUCCAUGUAUUAGGCUGUGCUGCCUUCACGGCCAUAGACAUAUCAGAGAUGCGGAAACUCACAAAAAAAACAACGCACAAUAACCCAGGAACAAAGUAGUUUAUUGUUGGGAAAGUUGCUGAGACAUUUCCUGAAACAGCCAGUGUUAUAAAAGGCAACACAUUAAUAUAAUACUUGGUAAUCUUUCCGAGCAAAAAUACUUUAUUUGGAGGAGAGUGCAAAUCAUUUUUUACUACUAGAAAGUUCCAAAAUACCACAACAUGAAAUGCACCAUUAGUACGUGGCUUUAACAUAUGGGAUGUUUCUGUCGCAGAAGAACGAACCAGCACUCAUUUCAUGUGUCAGUGAACUUGUAAGGAGAACACCAAAAACAAUGGAGCCACAGACGAAACGCUGGAAAGGCUCUGUGUGCGAGCCUGACCCCUGGGUUGCUUAUCCCGUACUGUCGGAUGAGCAGUCGCAAGACGUCGAGCUGAUCGAGGUGUUUGCUGCGCCCAUUGUCAACAAGAAAGAGACGUCGCGACUUCUCCGGGAGCUGAACAACCUCUACCCGUUGAGGGGCCUUCAGCACAUCAAGAGGGUGCGGGCGGUCCAGAAGGAGGGCAGCCCUCAUCCUCUGGAAGUCCUCGUGUGCCUUGUCAGUGACGCACCAGACGUGAAGGUGGUAAGCAUCGACGCUCUGCUCCCCUCGGAUGGAGUUCGACGUGACGGAUUAGGUGAGCCUUUUGUGGUUAAGGUCCCCGCACGCCCCCCUUUGACCCGACCCCAAUUUGAGCUGGCGAGCAAACACUGGCCCACAUCCUUUCACGAGGACAAACAGGUCACCGUCGCCCUGAGAGGAGAGCUCUUCAGUCCGCCUCAGAAAGCCAGGAUGCACACCUACAUGACGUCUGCUUUGACUGCUGCCAAAGCAGGGAUCGAGUUGGGAAUGGAGGCGGUGGGUGCUGUGGUGGUCGACCCAGCAACGGAGAGAAUCAUUGCAGUGGGCCAUGACUGCAGAGGUGACCAUCCCCUCCAUCAUGCGGUCAUGGUCUGCAUUGACCUUGUGGCUCGGAGCCAGGGCGGCGGAUCUUAUUCUUUUGACAGAUACCCUGCUUGCCAGUUUACCUCACCAACCUCAGACACAGUUCACAGCGUUCCUGGUGCAGAGGCGAGCUCUCAGCCGUACAUAUGCACCGGGUAUGACCUUUAUGUGACCCGAGAACCUUGCGUUAUGUGUGCCAUGGCGCUGGUACACUCCCGGAUAGGUCGUGUAUUCUAUGGAACGGCCUCUGCUGACGGGGCCGUAGGGACCAAAUAUAAAAUCCACUCACAGAAAGAUUUGAACCAUCACUUUGAGGUUUACAAAGGAGUGUUGGGCAAGCAGUGUGAGGAUCUAAACGGUCUGGGCAACCACAUCAAAAGAGAGGCAGAUAAUUAAUGUAUGAAUUUCAUUAGUGGGCCUGGAGCUGGAGAAUCCUUAUCACAGGUGGAACUACAGGAAUAAACCAAUGUUUUACAUAAACAUUUCUUUUAAAUAAAGUUUUUAAUCAUUUGGUUAUUGUAUUGAGAGCAUGUGUGUAGAUGACAACUAGUAACAAGGUUCCCACCAUAGUGCUGACUUUCUUUUAGGUGGGGGUGUUUGACGGGGAUUUACAGGCUUGUUAGGAGGAUCAACAAGUCACACUGAAACCUGAAUUUGGGUACAACAUUAGCAAUACAAAUGCUAAUAAUUUAUUGGAGAAUUACAGUAGUUUUCUUUUGUAAGAGUCUUGA